GUCUAUUUUCAACACGUGUCAACCAGUCAUACAUCCACAGUAGUGCCCGGUUUUUUCAACUUAUUUUAUUCACACUUUCGUUUUCCCCACAGCUCUUCGAGAAUUCAGAUCCCGACAGUAGACGUAAAUAGCAGAAAGAAACGAAAGUCCAUUCAUCUUACUCUACUGAAGGAAGAAGGAGAGGAAGAAGAGUUCCAUUACCAAUCUUCCGCUCGCGGGAGAAGAAAACAUUUUCAUCCCAGUUUCUCUGCGCGCUGGAUUGGCCGCCAACGUUCGUUAACCGGUAAGGUUUUCCGUCUCCCGCGCAUCAUCGUCGAUUGUUGAUCGUGUCAUCCCUGGCUUUUCCAUCCCCAAUUUGUUCUAGCUGGAAUUCGCUGUUCCACCUGAGAUGAAAUCAGGGAUUUAGUGUGUUAAGUUUCCUGUAGCAGUAGUCGAACAAUUUCUGGAGCUAGUUCCAAGUCAGUGGGAUAGGAAUAGGAAUAGGACUUACAUUGGAUCUGUUAGGGUUUUCUUGGUGCCGGUGGAGUGAUUACGGAACUAUAUGAUGUGCUUGAAUACCAGUUGUCAUAUCAUUAAGGUGGAACUGAAGUUUUCUUUCAGUGGAAUUGAUGACUUUGGAAGUGUUUUGUGAGUUUGGAUUUUCAAUCCCAGGUACUCGGAACUGACUCAUUGUCCAUUUUGGUAGGUCUGCUUGUUGAUUAACUGCUGCUACUACAAUGGAUAUCUCGAAUUUUAGUCGCGGCCAGCUGACCGUGAUGGGGUCAGGAUUGAGUGUGAUGCUCACGAUGCACUUCACGGUGCAGCUCGUAUCUCAGCAUCUCUUCUACUGGAAGAACCCUAAAGAGCAGAAGGCCAUAAUCAUUAUCCUCCUCAUGGCUCCUAUAUACGCUAUUGUUUCGUUCGUGGGUUUGUUGGAUAUACGCGGAAGUGAAGCUUUCUUCAUGUUUUUAGAAUCGAUCAAGGAGUGUUAUGAAGCUUUGGUGAUCGCCAAGUUCUUGGCUUUGAUGUAUAGUUACCUCAACAUAUCUAUGAGCAAAAAUAUUGUCCCAGAUGGAAUCAAAGGGAGAGAGAUUCACCAUUCUUUCCCGAUGACACUUUUCCAGCCUAAGACUGUGCGCCUUGACCACCGAAAUCUGAAGCUCAUCAAGCACUGGACCUGGCAAUUCGUCAUCAUCCGCCCUGUAUGUUCCAUCCUGAUGAUAACACUGCGAGCUCUCCAGAUAUACCCUUCAUGGUUGAGUUGGACUUUCACCAUAAUCCUUAACGUCUCUGUAUCUCUGGCACUGUACUCCCUGGUACUCUUCUACCACGUCUUCGCAAAGGAGUUGGCACCUCAUAGCCCACUUGCAAAGUUCAUGUGCAUCAAGGGUAUCGUCUUCUUUUGCUUCUGGCAGAGUAUUGUGCUCGAGGUGCUCGUUGCCAUGGGGAUCAUCAAAUCCCAUCAUUACUGGUUGGACGUAGAGCAUUUGGAAGAAGCUUACCAGAACAUCCUUGUCUGUUUGGAAAUGGUUGUAUUCGCACUUCUCCAGCAGUAUGCCUACCCUGUUACCCCCUAUAGUGGAGACGUACAAGCCAAGUUGAAGAUGAAUAAGAAGAAUGAAUGAAUUUUACGAUAUCAGGCCAUUACUACACUACACAUCAAUAAAUGCAGUGUAUGCUUCGAAGAUCCUCACGACCUCUACCGCCAUCUUGUCCCUGAUCAUUGGAAGCACACUCAGAACGAAUGUAUGCAUUCAUUUCGUAAGUACAAAGAUGUUGCAGUGUCUCUCUAUCUACCUCUCUUUGUCUUACAAAUGUGGUUUGGUCUGGUCUUUUGAGUGUUCUAUGUGAUCUGCGAAUCUAGUUUGUCAAUCGAACCUAUUUCAAAACUUAUAUCCGAAUCUUCGAGAUGGUGACUGAGAUGGUGACUGGGGGUUUGCAUAGCAUGGUGUUCUUGUUGCUGCUGUGUGCUGGUUAACACAUUGUUUAGCAGUGGCUUUAUGUUUCUGCUGAUUUUGAUAUCUGGCAACCAGUAAUCAUCAGAAAUCCUGAUUUCUCCUUCUUGAGUGGGCUUUCUUCUUUGUGUGCAUAUUCAUUGCUCAAUAGUCGUGGACGGAUUGAGUCGAGGCCAAAACCUGAAACAAGAUGGCUAAACCAAAAUUCAUCCAAUUCUAUUCAGUGCCACACUAAAAGUAAUCUCAACUAUGGGAGCAUAAUCUUUUUUUAUCGAACUAUGGGAACAUCAUUUACUUUCAAAUCAAAUUAAUUAUCUUUUCGUGUGAUCACCUAUGUCGAGAGGAGUAAUCUUAUUACCGAUUAUUGAUAUUCUAGUAAAAUAUAAGAAAAGUUAAAUCGUUCUCAAAUGUAUGUAUGGCGUGUAAUCCCGAAAUGAAAGUCAAUAUUGACCACUCUAAUUCUUUGCUACCAAAGUAAGUUUGGCAUUCUCAAUAAGACUGAAAAUAUCAACUUUAAACAUGUAGAUCAAGAAGUAAACUUUCUUUCAAUCUAAUUCAAAUCUCAAAAUCCAAUUCGAACAAAUUGGAAAAGUAUGAUUACUUAAGCAAUAUCCCAAAGAGAAUGUUGAUAAAGACAGACACAAAACUUUUAGGCAUUGGAGCCCUUUUCCCAAGUGGAAUGCAGAGUUAUCUUUAGGCCUACCUUAUAGUGAAGCACUACCAUGGAAGGAUUACAACUUACACGUUGGGAAUUAAAAGUCAACCCUUUAUAGUCUCAAUAUAAUCCAACGAAACAGCUCUUCCUAUUGGUGGCCUAAAUCAAAACCAAGAACAAGAAAACUUCAAUGGUUUUCAAGCCAAAGCAUACCAUUCCAGGGUUAGCUGAAGCUAAUGUUGACCCCAAAAAACCAGAUCAGUCACCAAAGUUUGGGAUUAGUUUCCUUUGGUUGGUGUAGAAGACAGGACAGAGAGAACAGAACAGAGGCCGUCAGCAACUUGUCACUGUCGAUAAGGAAUCCAAAAGAGGGGUGGAAAUGUUGAAAAGAGAAGUAGGGAAUUUGAUUCGAAAGGGCCACCCAAAAAGGAGUUUUGUGUAGUUGUGUUUUGGAUCUUGUGAGGGGGAAAAAAGGUAAUUUACAGCUUAAUGGCUAGUUUGUGUGCAAUUUGUCAAAAGGAUAAUGAUUUGGUUGCUUCAUUAAUGAAUGUGGCCAUUGGGA